AUGUGUCCCACGCAGAAUACGAGCAUGUCUCAUCUGAUUCGUGGAUUGGCUGCGAUCAAUCAAGAAGAGUGCAUCGACGCCCAAGCGAGUACCAAGAACCAACAACACACUACGGACUCAUCGGAUCUGAGGCGAGAUCAGCUGAAUCAGGAUUUGGACUUAUACUGUGUUGAAACGGAGGUCAUUCGCGGCAUCUGCGACUACGCCGACUCUCACAAGAACAAGGAAUGCUAA